AUGAAAAUUGGAGACUUUGGUCAGCUUUAUGGUAAGCAAAUUACCAUGAUUGAUAAGUUACAAAGACAGAUUAUUUUAGAAGAGAGAAGAUUUUCUUCAAGGUUAGCUAGCUUGCAAGAAGAUGUUGUUGAUCAACCGUUUGCUAUGGCGGCCAGAAUUUACGAUACUGAACGAGAUACAAUUUCGAUGCAUAAAUAUGAGAUUGGUAAAUUGUUAGGCCAAGGUACAUUUGCCAAAGUUUAUCAUGCAAGGAACCUAAAAACAGGACAAAUUGUAGCUGUUAAGGUAAUUGACAAAGAAAAAGUCAUGAAAGUUGGCUUAAUUGACCAAAUCAAACGUGAAAUUUCUGUUAUGAGAUUAAUUAGGCAUCCAAAUGUUGUUGAACUUUAUGAAGUAAUGACUAGCAAAACAAAAAUUUAUUUUGCAAUGGAAUAUGUUAGAGGUGGUGAAUUAUUCAAUAAGGUUGCUAAAGGGAGGCUUAGGGAAUCAGCAGCGCGAAAAUACUUUCAACAAUUAAUCGCGUCUGUUGAUUUCUGUCAUAGUCGAGGGGUAUAUCAUAGGGACUUGAAACCCGAAAAUAUACUCCUGGAUGAAACUGGAAACCUAAAGGUUUCUGAUUUUGGGUUGAGUGCUCUUUACGAUACGAAAAGACAAGAUGGCCUCCUCCACACGACGUGUGGAACUCCAGCAUAUGUCACGCCAGAGGUUAUAAAUAAGAGAGGAUAUGAUGGCGAAAAGGCGGAUAUUUGGUCAUGUGGGGUGAUUUUGUUUGUAUUGUUAACUGGUUAUCUUCCAUUUCAUGACACAAAUUUAAUGGAAAUGUAUAAGAAAAUUAGUAAAGGGAUAUUUAAAUGCCCUGAAUGUUUUCCUUGUGAAGUGAAAAAACUACUUUCAAGAAUUCUUGAUCCAAAUCUAUUUUCAAGAAUCACAUUAGCUAAGCUAAUGGACAAUAAUUGGUUCAAGAAAGGAUUCAAACAAAUUACUUGUUCAAUUUACUUGUUCUACCAUUUUGCAACACUAAUAUUGAGGAAACAGUGA